GAAUGCCCUGCUGCUCCAAUGGCUGAGCUUUACCCGUCAUUGGCGCAGUGCGCUAUCGCUGCGGGAGCUCUUAAGGUGCUACUGUUCCCUGCAUACAAAUCGACCGACUUCGAGGUGCAUCGCAACUGGCUUGCCAUAACUAAUUCGCUACCAGUUCAGGAGUGGUAUUAUGAGAAAACCUCGGAAUGGACCCUCGACUACCCCCCGUUCUUCGCGGCCUUCGAAUGGCUAAUGUCGCAAGCGGCUGCAUAUAUUGACCCUGCGAUGCUGGUUGUGAAGAACUUGGGUUAUGAUUCAUGGCAAACUGUCUACUUCCAGAGAGCCACAGUCAUCCUGACCGAGCUAGUCCUUGUCUUCGCGCUGAGCCGAUUUGUCAAGUAUGUUCCCCUUCCAAAUAAGCAGGCCGCCCAUGUCGCCAGUCUCUCUAUCCUCCUCUCGCCCGGUCUCUUCAUCAUCGACCACAUCCACUUCCAAUACAAUGGGUUCAUGUACGGAAUCCUGAUUCUAUCCAUUGUUCUCGCUCGCGAGCAGUCGACCCUCCUCUACAGUGGAAUUGCAUUUGCCGCGCUACUUUGCUUCAAGCACAUCUACCUCUAUCUCUCUCUCGCCUGGUUCGUCUACCUGUUGCGCGCCUACUGUCUCGACCCCAAGAACGUCCUCCGGCCGCGCUUUGGAAAUAUCUUCAAGCUUGGAGUGUGUGUGGUUGGCAUUUUUGCGAUUGCAUUUGGACCUUUCGUACAUUGGGGCCAGCUGCUUCAGCUGAAGGACCGGCUCUUCCCUUUCUCGCGGGGCCUAUGCCACGCGUACUGGGCGCCUAACAUUUGGGCUAUGUACUCAUUUACCGAUCGAGCUCUGAUUCCACUUGCUCCUCGCCUGGGACUGCCCGUGAACCAAGAUGCGCUCACCAGCGUCACUCGCGGCCUGGUGGGAGACACUUCAUUUGCAAUUCUCCCCGAAGUUACCAAGGAACACACGUUCUUGCUGACCUUGGUCUUCCAGCUGGUUCCCUUGGUAAAGCUGUGGCUCCGCCCCGACUGGGACACCUUCGUUGGUGCAGUUACACUCUGCGGCUACGCAUCCUUCCUCUUCGGCUGGCACGUGCACGAAAAGGCAGUGCUCUUGAUCAUCAUUCCAUUCAGUCUGAUAGCACUCAAGGACCGCCGCUACUUCAGCGCAUUCCGACCGCUCGCAGUGGCAGGCCAUGUCUCGCUGUUUCCACUCCUAUUCACAGCGGCCGAGUUCCCUCUCAAGACCGUGUAUACGAUCUUCUGGCUGGUUCUGUUCCUCUUUGUAUUCGACCGUGUCGCACCAGUGCCAGAACGGCCGCGGAUCUUUGUGUUUGACCGGCUGUCCCUGCUAUACCUGACCAUUUCCAUCCCCUUGAUUGUGUACUGCUCACUGGGACACUAUCUCAUCUUCGGAUGGGAACGGCUUCAGUUCUUGCCCUUGAUGUUCAUGAGCAGUUACUCAGCAUUAGGGGUAGUCGGCAGCUGGAUUGGCUUCAUGGUGGUAUACUUCACCGCAUAG